AUGUACAACCUGUCUUGCGUUGACGGCCAUAGAUUUGGCGAUGUCUAUGUUCUCGACAUUCAGCGCCUCAACGCUGGUCUGUCCGCCAUCUCAUCAGAUCAGAAACUCAGUCUCUUCGAUCCUGCACGAGUGGGACAGGCUACUCAGUCGCCUAUCUUGUCUAUGGCUUGCGACCCUAGGAGCAACACAAUAGCACUAGGCACAGAGUUCCAGAACCACACCGCAUCCGUGCUACUCUGGGAUAUCAGAGCCGGCCCGAAGCAGAGGCUCCAGUACGACGAAGUCCACAGUGACGACGUCACAGAACUCCGCUUCCACCCUUCAGAAUCUCAUAUCCUCCUCUCGGGAUCGACCGAUGGCCUCGUCAACGUCUAUGACACACGAAUUUCGGACGAAGAUGAGGUCGUUGUCCAGACGUUGAACCAGGGCUCUGUCCACCACGCCUCCUUCCUCAGCAAUACCGAGGUCUAUGUGCUGACUCACGACGAGAAGCUGGCCGUGUACAGCGUCGCGGAGGAUUGCGGCUCUGGCGCGGCUCUGGUAGACUUUGGCGACGCAAGAGAGACACUGGGCUGCCAGUACAUUGCCAACAUGACGACAAAGGUUGACGGAAGCGGUGCUAUCGUCGGUGCGGGCUCACAAGACCGCCAAGUCUUUGAGUUGGUACACCUGUCCCGUACCGCCGAAGGCAGCUGGGGCUUCGACAGGGCGAACAGCGUCGGUCUGCCGGGGGGCCACGGCGAGGAGAUUGUUCGCUCGUUCUGCUUCUACGAUGACGAACAGGUUGUCUUCACUGCUGGAGAAGACGGUAACAUCAAGGCUUGGAGGCCCACGUAG